UCCUGUCUUGCAUCCUGUCCCCUUUUUUUCUGCUCUCAGUUAUUUUCCCUCCUUCUUUCUUAAGGCCUCGUUGAGCCCUGAUAGGCUUGCUGGGGAUAAAACCUGGAGCUUGGGAGAGGAGAGGGACAUUUGGGAGCGAGAUGGCGAGAGGGAUGGUGGCCACGUACCUACACGGAGUCCUUCUCCUGGCUCUGUGGAAACCCUCACUGCAAGGAGGUGUAUAUAUACCUGCUGGUGGAGCAGCAGGAGGAGCUGGAGCCGGCAUAGGACCUGGAGCUGGAUUCGGUCCAGGUGGGACUGCAACAGGAUUUGGCCCUGGAGGAGCUGGGACUGGAUUUCAGCCUGGUGGAGGAGCUGGACCAGUAGCAGGAGGAGCUGGUGCUGGUCUAGGAGGCUUUGGACCAGGAGCUGGUGGAGGGGGCUAUGGCCAAGGACCAGGAGGAGUCGGACCAGGAGGAGUUGGACCAGGUGGAGUUGGACCAGGUGGAGUUGGGCCAGGAGGAGUUGGACCAGGUGGAGUUGGACUGGGAGGAGUCGGACCUAGAGGAGUCGGCACAGGAGGAGUUGGACCAGGUGGAGUUGGACUGGGAGGAGUCGGACCUGGAGGAGUCGGCACAGGAGGAGUAGGACCAGGAGGAGUCGGACCUGGAGGAGUCGGACCUGGAGGAGUCAGCACAGGAGGAAUUGGACCAGGAGGAGUCGGACUGGGAGGAGUCGGACCUGGAGGAGUCAGCACAGGAGGAAUUGGACCAGGAGGUUUCAGGCCCAGCACCUUCGGGGCUGGUGGAAAACCUCCAAAAACAGGAGGUGGCUACGGUGGCCGUGGAGGACUGACAGGAGGAUUUGGAGCAGGACAGGGAGGUGCAGGAGGAGCAGGACCAGGUGGUUUUGGACCAGGUGGUGUUGGUCCUGGAGGCUAUGGAACUGGGCCUGGAGGAGUUGGUCCAGGUGGUUUUGGACCAGGAAGCACUGUUCCGGUUGGCCAAGGCACAGGCCCUGGGACAGGGGGUUUCGGUGGAGGAGCGCUUGGAGCAGGAGGCCUCGGGGCAGGCAGAGGUCAGGGAGCUGGAGGACUUGGAGCUGGAACAGGCUACAUACCUGGAGGUGGCUAUGGAGGCUACGGAGGUUAUGGACCAGGUGGUGCUGGUCAAUACACAGGAACUGGUGGAACUGUUCCAAAACCCCCUAAAACAGGUGGGGCUGGAACAUCACUUGGAGGAACUGGUUAUGGGCCUGGUGGUGCCGGAUUUGGGCCUGGUAGUGCAGGGGUUGGGCCUGGUGGAACAGGAUUUGGGCCUGGGGGUGCAGGAGUUGGGACUGGUGGUGCAGGGGUUGGGCCUGGGGGUGUAGGAGUUGGACCUGGUGGUGCUGGAUUUGGGCCCGGUGGUGCCGGCUUUGGGCCUGGUGGCACCGGAUUUGGGCCUGGUGGUGCAGGGGUUGGGCCUGGUGGAACAGGAUUUGGGCCUGGGGUUGCAGGAGUUGGGCCUGGUGGUGCAGGGGUUGGGCCUGGUGGAACAGGAUUUGGGCCUGGUGGUGCAGGGGUUGGGCCUGGUGGUGGAGGGGUUGGGCCUGGUGGAACAGGAUUUGGGCCUGGGGGUGUAGGAGUUGGACCUGGUGGUGCUGGAUUUGGGCCCGGGGGUGCCGGCUUUGGGCCUGGUGGCACCGGAUUUGGGCCUGGUGGUGCAGGUGUUGGGCCUGGUGGUGCAGGAGUUAGACCUGGAGGAGCAGGAGGAGUUGGUCCUGGUGGAGCUGCCGUGCCAGGAGGAGUUCCAAUGCUGCCACAGACUGGAACUACUGGGGUAGGACCUGGAGGAAAGACCAGUGGUAAAGCAUCAAAGCAAGUUCCAGGAGUUGGGGUGCCUGGACUCUAUCAAGGUGGAUUUGUACCAGGCCAAGGUUUUGGUGGCCGUGGUGUUCUCCCUGGAGUGGCCACAGGAUCUGGAGUUGGGCCUCAGACUGGAGCCGGAGUGCUCGGCCAGGGGGGUGCUGGACCAGGAGGAGCUGGCAAUGGUCGUGGACAGCAGUUGCCUGGUGUUUUCCGUGGCUACCCGCUCAUAUCACCAAAAUCAGGGGCAGGGAAAUCUAAGAAGAAUCCAGCCAAAGCUGCAGCUAAAUAUGGAGGAGCUGGAGCUGGAGGAGGUGCACUUGGUCAAGGAAGUGCUUUGGGAGUUGGGGCUGGAAGACUCCCUGGAGGGGGACCGGGAGUCACACCUGGAUUUGGAGGUGGAGCUGGAGUAGGAGGUGGACCUGGAUUUGCAGGGGGUCUUGGAACAGGAGGUGGAACCGGACUUGCAGGAGGACUUGGAACAGGAGGUGGACCUGGAUUUGGAGGUGGAGUUUCAACAGGAGGCGGGCCUGGAUUUGGGGGUGGAGUUUCAACAGGAGGCGGGCCUGGAUUUGGAGGUGGAGUUGGAACAGGAGGCGGGCCUGGAUUUGGAGGUGGAGUUGGAACUGGCAGUGGACCUGGAGCUGUGCCUGGAUUUGGAGGUGGAUUUGGAGCAGGAGCUGGACCUGGAUUAGGUUAUGGUCCUGGCUCAGCCAAAGCACGCAAAUAUGGUCAGCUCGGUGGUGCAGGAAGGGGAAUACCGGGUGGAGGAGCUGGAGUUGUUCCCGGCACAGGAGGGGGGCCUACCUCUGGGACUGCAACAGGUGGUGGCUAUGGUCUUGGUCCAGGCAGUGUGGGCACCGGUGCAACUGGAGGCCUUGGAGGCAGAGGACCAGGAGGUGGAGUUGGCUUUGGCACGGGAGUGGGACCAGGCUCUGGUGUUGGUUUUGGUCCAAGUGGUGCUGGCACUGGUUCAGCUGGUAUUGGAAAUGGUCCUGGUGGUGCUGGUACUGGGCCUGGAGGAGCUGGUUAUGGUCCGGGUAGAACUGGGUACGGGCCAGGUGGAACUGGUACUGGAUUAGGAGGAGCAGGAACAGGACCUGGAGGAUAUGAUGCCAGUGCCAAAGCUCGUAAAUAUGGCAUGUUAAGUGGAGCACUUGGAGGUACAGGAACAAGUCCUGGAGUCACACCUGGUGGUGCUGGUACUGGCUUUGGACCAGGUGGAGUUGGACCUGGUGGCGCUGGUACAGGCUACGGACCCGGUGGAGUCGGCCCUGGUGGCGCUGGUACAGGCUACGGACCAGGUGGAGUCGGCCCUGGUGGCGCUGGUACUGGCUACGGACCCGGUGGAGUCAGCCCUGGUGGCGCUGGUACGGGUUACGGACCAGGUGGAGUCGGCCCUGGUGGCGCUGGUACAGGCUACGGACCCGGUGGAGUCGGCCCUGGGGGAGCUGGUACGGGUUAUGGACCAGGUGGAGUCGGCCCUGGUGGUGCUGGUACGGGUUAUGGGCCCGGUGGAGUCGGCCCUGGUGGUGCUGGUACAGGUUAUGGACCAGGUGGAGUCGGCCCUGGUGGUGUUGGUGCUGGCUAUGGACCUGGAGGUUAUGCUGGUGCCAAAGCCCGCAAAUACGGUCUGCCUGGAGGUGCCCUGGGUGCAGGAGGACUUGGUGGUGGAGCUGGGCCUAGUUCUGGGCUUGGAGUGGGAGGAGGAGUCCCAGGACGAGGUGUUGGAAUAACAACCGGAGGUGGACCUGGAGCUGGACUAGGGACAGGUGGGAUACCUGGUUCUGGUAUUGGAACAGGCGGAGGACCAGGUGGCUUUGGACCAGGUAGUGCUGGAGUGCUUCCUGGUGGCAGUGGGACUGGAAGAACAGGAUAUGGGCCUGGUGGUUAUGGGCCUGGUGGAUAUGGACCUGGAGUUGGUUACGGACCAGGUGGAGGCUAUGGUACAGGACCGGGUGCAGGAUAUGGAACAGGCUAUGGAGCUGGAUCAAAACCUGCUAAAUACGGUCAAGGUGGAACAGGUGCUGGUGGGGUACUUGGAGGUGGAGCAGGACAAGGCUAUGGUACAGCCGGAUCUAAAGCUGCGAAGUAUGGAAAACCUGGUGGAGUGAUACCUGGGGUCGGAGCAGGGGCUGGCACUGCAGGAGCUGGCACAGGGACUGACAGCGCAGGGGCAGGUACCGGAACUGGCACUGCAGGACCUGGUACAGGGACUGGCACUGGUGCUUCAGGGAAUGGCACCAGCACUGGCAGAGGUGCAGGGAAACCAGCUGGACCCACUGGAGGGGGACUUGGAGCCACAGGAGGAACACCAGCUCCAGCAUCAGAAGGUGAUGGCAGUGUGAUAGAGGGGUCUGGAAGUUCUGGAGGAGAAGGAGGGACUGGCGUAGCUGGCAGACCAGUGGGUGCAGGAGGUGAUGGAGAUGGCCUGGGCGGAACAGGAAUCCCCAUCAUUGGAGCAAAACCAGGACUCAAUGGGACAGAAGUUCCAGGUUCCACAGGAGCUGCCCCUGUUGGUGGCGGAGGUGUACAACCAAGUGGUUCUGGUGGUGAUGUCUCCAGUGGGACACUGCCUGGAGCCAAGCCUCUCAAACCCCCAGGUGUCCCCAGAGGUGACACGCCAGGUGAAGGAGAUGGAGAGGGAGGUCCUGAUGGAGAGAGAGGUGGUACAGGAGGUACAGCUGGAGGACUGGGAGGUGUAGCAGGAGUUCCUACCAGUGCAGGAGCAGCAGGAGGUGUUUCAGGUGGCAUAGCAGGAGUGGGAAGAGGAGACAGUCCUGCUUCUGGAACUGGAGUUGGACCAGGAGGUGCUGCUGGUGCAGUAGGAGGAACAGCAAAACCGCCUAAAGUAUACGGACCUGACGGGACAGUAGCAGGAGGCAUAAAUGGUGGACCUGGUGGAGUAGGUGGGGUGGCAGGAGGAGGCACUGGGGCAGUUGGAGGAGGUCCAGGAGACGUUGGAGGUGGUCCUGGAUUAGUUGGAGGAGGUUCAGGAGGAGCUGGAGGAGGUCCUGGAGGAGCAGGUCUGGUACCUGGGGCUGGUGGGCCUGGUGGAGUAGGAACAGGAGCCCUUAAACCUGGAAAAAGCUAUGGUGCUGGUGGAGCUGGAGUUUUACCAGGUGGAGGCAUACGUUACCCGACUGGGGCUGGAGUAGGACAGGGAGGAGGAAAACCAGGCAAAGUAUAUGGGACUCUUGGAGCAGGAGGCCAGGGUGGCGUUGGAGCUGGCGGUUACGGAGCUGGUCCUGGUGGCUAUGGAGCUGGUCCUGGUGGUUAUGGCACUGGUCCUGGUGGUUAUGGCACUGGUCCUGGUGGUUAUGGUACUGGUCCAGGAGGUUAUGGUACUGGUCCAGGAGGUUAUGGUGCAGGACCUGGAGGUUACGGGGCCGGCCCAGGUGGAUAUGGUGCUGGGCCUGGUGGAUAUGGAGCUGGACCUGGAGGCUAUGGAGGAAAGACUGGAAGCAGAGGCAUUGGUGGUGGUCCUGGUGGUGCUGGGACCCUAGGAGUUGGAGGGGUUGGAACUGGAGCUUUAGGCGGAGGAGUUGGAGGCGCAGUAGGAGCAGGCCCUGGUGGAGUCAGUGGCGGACUCGGGGGUGGUGGUGGUGUAGGUCCUGGUGGUUCAAGAUACGGCACAGGUCUAGGUCUGGGUACUGGAAGUGGCAAACCACCAAAAAGUUAUGGAAUAGGAGCUGGUGGUACUGGGGUCGGACCUGGUGGAGUUGGUUCUGGUCCAGGAGGUUUUGGACCUGGUGGCUUUGGGCCUGGUGGUCCUGGUGCUGGUAGUUACGGACCUGCUGGCACUGGACCAGGUGGAUAUGGGCCCAGCACUGCCGGGACAGGACUGGGUGGUGUUGGAACCAGGCCAGGUGGUUUUGGACCAGGUGGUGUGGGCACAGGACCAGGCAGCUAUGGACCUGGUGGAGCAGGGACCAGUCCUGGUGUUUAUGCUGCUGGAGGUCAAGGGCUGGGGACGAGAAAGCCACCUAAAUCAGGUACAGGGCUUGGACCUGGAGGAACAGGUGCUGGACCUGGCAGAUAUGGGCCUGGUGGUUUUGGGCCAGGUGGUGCUGGCGCAGGAGCAGGAGGCGUCGGACCAGGUGGUGCUGGUGCAGGAACAGGUGGCUUCGGACCAGGUGGUGCUGGCGCAGGAACAGGUGGCUUUGGACCAGGUGGUGCUGGUGCAGGAACAGGAGGUGUUGGACCAGGUGGUGCUGGCAUAGGAACCGGAGGCCUGGGACCAGGUGGUGCUGGCACAGGAACCGGAGGCCUCGGACCAGGUGGUGCUGGCACAGGAACAGGAGGCUUUGGACCAGGAGGCCAAGGAUUAGGAAAAAGAAAACCGUCUAAAUCUGGUUAUGGAUCAGCUGGGUUUGGCUCCGGAGCAUUAGGAGGUGGCACAGGAGGUGGUUCUGGUCGAGUUGGAGCGGGACCUGGUGGUUAUGGGCCAGGAGUUGGUCCUGGUGGAGUUGGAGCUGGACCUGGUGGUUAUGGCCCAGGAGGAUAUGGUCCAACUGGAACUGGAAUAGGACCUUUAGGUUAUGGCCCAGGAGGUGCCGGAACUGGCGGUUAUGGCCCAGGAGCUGCUGGAACUGGUGGUUAUGGCCCAGGAGGUGCUGGAUCUGGGCCAGGGGGUUUUGGACCUGGUGGUGUGGGUGGAUACGGACCUGGUGGCCAAGCCCUUGCAGAAAGGAAACCUCCUAAAUCAGGUUAUGGCUCAUUUCUGGGUGGAACUGGCUACAGACCAGGUGGUGGAGGAGGAGUGCUUCCUGGUGCAGGAACAGGAGGCAUCGUUGGGGGCCCAGGUAGUGUAGCAGGAGGAACAGCAGGGCUGGGAGGUGCUGCAGGAACGGGCCAGGGAGUAGGAGGUGGAGCAGGCGGUUUACCAGCAGGGGGUGUUGGCCGUGGCUAUGGUGGAGUGGCUGGUGGAGUGGCUGGUGGAGGCUAUCCAGGAUACGCUGGGGCUGGACAAAAAUCCAAAGCACAGAAGGCAGCCAAAUAUGCAGCCAUGCAGGCCUUACUGGGAGCUGGGGGCUACAGAGGUGCUGGCUGUCAGGGUAAAUACUGUGGCCGAAGGAGGAAGUGAGAGACCAACAGACAGGAAGUGACCUCAUUAAAACAACAGUGGUGCUAUUGCAUGAUCCCAGAUUGUAAUUUGUCUUACCUGCCAUAGAAGCUAAGGCUUCAACACAUUCCACAUGUUACACUUUCAUUUUCUUAGGUUUUAUACAAGGAUUUCUUUCAAAAAGAGCAGUGGUUCUCAACCUGUUAGGGAUGAUUCCUUAAAGCCAGAUGAUGCCUCUGUUGCAGGCUGCUAUGCAGAGUGGUGAAAUGUAUCAUUGUCAUGUUGUUUUAUAGAUAAUUCAGCAAUUUGGCUUUGGUGAAAGAAUUGAAAAUAUUCACCAUUUCACAAGAAAAGCACAAGUUAGAGGGAGUCUGUAUGGGGAUACAUUUGUGAUAAUAGUAUCUUUUUCCCCAUUAAACACCUUGUGACACUCUGGGAGUCCUGACUACCAGGCUGAGAACCAUUGAGAUAAAGAAUCAAGAUUUGUUCUUAAAUUGUGAGGCCAAGCUGUACUAUAAGACUCUUUAUGUUUAUUGUUGUUACAUCAUUCGUGUUCUUGUUCAAGUAUCACAUGUAUCUGUGUGAAGACUGAUGCCAAGGACACCCUCAGGGCAGCUCUUUCAGACCUGUCUGCAUGCUGACACAAAUUUUUAAAAAAAUACUCCAAGGCCACAUCCAGUUUGACUGGAUUCUCCUUAGGUCUGCGGCGUGUAAUGUUAUAUUAAUUCACUGUUUUUAGCUUUAAUAUCAGUGCAAACACUUGGACAAGGACACAAACGGCUGCUAUUUUGGGGAACAAAAAGGACUCCAAGUGCAUUUUUUAUGGUGCGGCGUUUUGACUGGUCAUUAUCUGAUUCUUGAAAAGCAGUCUGUUUUCAUUUUAAGGCCCUCAGCAGUAUCAACAUGUUGAGGCUGAUGGUCCUCAGCUGUUAACACUCGUGAGAUUCUACCAUACUAUUUACAACAUUAAAGGCACUGUUUUAUAGCUACAUAACACUAAUUGGUAUUAGUGUAAACUUUUGGUUAACACGCAUAUGUUUUUCCUUAUUAGGACGUAUUUGUUAUGAUAUUAUGGUGUGGCUUAUAGAUUUGGCUUUUACGUUUGCUGUUGAGGACAGCAUUCAAACUAAAAUGUGAGGUAAUAUGAUUAGAAUACAUGAUCGUGCAUUUAAAUUACAUCUGAGGAGCAUUGAUUACUGUGUUUUUCUUUUUUUGAUGUACCUCCUUUAACACUGUUAAACUGUUCACGUUUGCUAGUUUUUUUAAAUUAUGCUGACAAAAAGCAGGAAAAGCUAUGCGCUUUAUCUAUUUAUCCUCAGUCUCAUUUUACGAAUUCAAGUGCAUUAAUACAGUAUUAAUAUUUGAGUUAUUUGUGUGUGUGUGGGUUUUAACAGUUUUUAAUCUUGUGUACUACUAUGAUUAAGAUAAUUGCUUAGUUUUCUACAUCAUCAUUGAAUGUGUGCUGACAUGUCAUUUGGAUAAAAAGUGUAAUUGAAUGCCAUCUUGCAUCAGAGCUUACACCUGCGUCUCUAUCGUGUAGUUCAAUGUGUGUUUUUAACAUCUGUGUUCUUUGUGUUGCCUAUGAUGAGAAAAUGAUGCACUUUUGUACACUUUCAGUCAAUGAUCUCUAAAAUAAA